AUGGGCAACUUGGGACUGACCAACAAUGCAGCGCAAAUUAAAGGUGUAUUACUAGACAUCCAACAGCACUUUGGAGUCAAAGACAGUGGGGCUGGCUUGUUACAGACAGUUUUCAUCUGCAGUUUCAUGGUUGCAGCACCUAUUUUUGGUUACCUUGGUGACCGUUUCAACAGAAAGAUCAUUCUCAGCUGUGGGAUCUUCUUUUGGUCAGCUGUCACUUUUUCAAGCUCCUUCAUCACUGAACAGUAUUUCUGGCUUCUCGUGCUUUCACGAGGUUUGGUUGGCAUCGGUGAAGCAAGUUACUCCACUAUUGCUCCAACCAUCAUAGGAGACCUUUUCACCAAAAACACAAGGACCCUUAUGCUGUCUGUUUUCUACUUUGCAAUUCCUCUUGGCAGUGGCUUGGGAUACAUCACUGGGUCAAGUGUGAAGCAGGUUGCUGGAGACUGGCAUUGGGCAUUGCGGGUAUCUCCACUCCUGGGUAUGAUAACAGGGACACUUAUCUUGAUAUUCGUACCUGCUGCUAAAAGAGGAAAUGUUGAACAACUCGGGGGACAGCUGAAAGCUCGGACCUCAUGGCUAAGAGACAUGAAAGCACUGAUUAGAAACCGCAGCUACGUUUUCUCAUCACUGGCCACCUCGGCUGUCUCCUUUGCUACAGGGGCACUUGGCAUGUGGAUCCCUCUCUACCUUCACAGAGCACAGGUUGUGCAGAAGACAGUGGAGACCUGCAGUUCACAGCCCUGUGGCACCAAAGAUAGCUUGAUCUUCGGAGCGAUCACAUGCUUCACUGGUUUCCUGGGUGUAAUCACAGGGGCCGGGGCAACCAAAUGGUGCCGAUUAAAAACCCAGCGAGCUGAUCCUCUUGUCUGUGCUGUUGGCAUGCUAGGAUCUGCCAUCUUCAUCUGUCUGAUCUUCGUUGCUGCCAAGAGCAGCAUUGUGGGAGCCUAUAUUUGCAUUUUUAUCGGAGAAACUCUUCUGUUUUCAAACUGGGCUAUCACAGCAGACAUAUUAAUGUAUGUGGUCAUUCCCACACGCCGUGCAACCGCAGUGGCCUUGCAGAGUUUCACCUCACACCUCCUGGGAGAUGCUGGCAGUCCUUAUCUGAUUGGAUUUAUCUCGGACCUGAUACGACAAAGCACAAAGGAGUCCCCGCUCUGGGAGUUCCUCAGCUUGGGGUAUGCACUCAUGCUCUGCCCGUUUGUCGUUGUCCUAGGAGGGAUGUUUUUCCUGGCCACAGCCCUCUUCUUCCUAAGUGACCGAGCCAAAGCUGAACAACAGGUGAAUCAACUUGUGAUGCCGCCGGCCUCUGUGAAAGUCUGAGACGUUCCCAAUAAAGGAAACCACAUGUGGACUCCUGCUCCCACACCACCGAUCUCAAGCUUGAAGCCCUUCCGUACUGGAAACCGGUGGACCCUCCAGCUCCAUGCCAUCCUGGAAGGGUUAUCCAGGGCCAACCCAAUCACGCCGCUCCAGCCUGCGGGAUCAGGUGCCAGGAGAUGAGCGGGGCAGCCUGGAACGCAAUGCUGCUUGAGCGUAUGGACGUUCACAGGUUCCUCUGAGCAUCGAAAACAACUGUCUGCUGGACCCACGAUGUGCUACCCGAGUGAGUGACUGUAGAUUGUGUAUACGGUUUUAGUUGUAGCCAAUGAAGUACGCAUUAUUUAUAGGGCAACUUCCGUCCUAUUGAAUGCUGCUGUUCUGCCAGCAGUCCCGCACCCAGAGACUGCACUAGUUGGGGACCUUUCUGUACAUCACCUUUUCUUUAACACUGAAGGUUCAAGUCAGAUUAUUUUUUUUAAUUUAAACAUGUCGUAAGAUGCUUUAUCUCUACUGAAGAUAUUAGAUAUCAGAUAUCUAUCUACAUAUAUAUAUAUUUAGAUAAACAAUUUUUAUUUAAACAUUGGAAAUCUGGAGCUGCCUGUGCAACCACAUCAGACAUGAGUAUGUCUACAAUCUCCUCAUCUCAGCGCCCCGGUAUCGGGCACUGUAGGAAGGCUUCUAGGGGAUGACAACUUGUCCCUUGAGGCUGAGCAUUUGUUACAGAAAGACCUAGAAGGACCUUGGACAGAAAUACCUAGGGGCUCCAGCAUUUGCUCAAUAUACUAAAUUCAGCCUUGCCUGGGAGGUUCAUAGGUUUUUAAAAUACCAAAAUCCAUGCGGCUGAAUUGCUUUACCUAGGGCCUGGUAUUGUAAUACUGCUGUGCCAGUGAUGACAUGCUUUGUUUACAUGCAUAUCAUGUUACCCGUAUUGUACAUGCUAAUUCUCCCUCCGUCAGUAUUUUCAAAGCAGGUGGCUGAUAUUCUACAGUUCCCUUGGGAACAACGGUUAGCUUUUAAUGCACACAUGUGUUUUAAUGCAUAUGCACUGGGGUGUCUGUUGUAGUCACUUUUAUCUUAAUGAAGAUGCACUUGAGAUUUGCUAUGUGAAGCCAAUGUCUGAACUCCUUUAGAUUCUCAAACGCAGAGGAGUAAGGUGCCUCUGUAAAGUGGUCAGUCUGCCAUUUCACAGAAGAGUCUUGUUUCCUGCACUUGACCUUCGUAAGCCAAAUUUAUACUAUGUCAGCUUGAAGCUGUGACAGUCUGGGGAAAGAAGGAGCGCAUGAGCCCUGGAGAAAGAGCCAGGCUUCCAGAAGAAGGGCACUGGGUCAGUGAUCCCCCAGCCCCUUGUUUCUCCCCUCUCGUUUGGCACACACCUCUAAUAGGUGAACGUACUUCACUCUUGUGCUCAUGUUUAACAAAGUGGCCAUAGCUGGGGGGCAAGUAGGACUAAAUCAGCAAAGGAAAUGCCAAACCAAGACUGCAUAGGAUGCAAGUAAGUCUGGAAGCUGGCUGUCCUGAACGUGGCAUGAAUUUGUUGACAAAGGGAAGGUACUGUUAGUAAAUCUCCCAUUCACUUCCAGGAUGUGCAGUGAUCUACAGUUGUAGUAGUAGAGAUGGUGAGUAAUUCCAGUUACCAGCAGACUGGUCAGCACUCACCGCAAGAGCCAAUCUCUGCCGAGGUAGAUGUGUUUGAACAGUGGCUCCUAUAAAACGUAAAUGUUGCCUCCUUAUGAAACUCAAUAGGACUCUUCUGCAAAGGCUGCUCUUCACCUAAAAUCCCUUAACAAUGGCUUUAAGGUUUGGCUAAACAACUAGAGCCAGAAAUUUUCCUCGAGCUUCUGGGUAUCCUCUGGAGAACAGCAAAUGCUUGCUAGAAAUAAUAAAGCAAAGCAAAUCUAAAACAAUGCUUCAUUUCCCACCUCGUGCCACUAUUUACAUUGGUAGGGGAAAUGCCGACUCUGUAGUCCAGCAGCCAAACGCCUGGCUUUAAAGGCAUGUGGAUUUCUGAUUCCCAGUUUAGAAGUUAAGCUGUAUAAAAAGAAACAGAAGGCAAGCCAGCAAUUAGUCACUUCAUCUCAGAGACCAAAGGAAGACUAGCCACAUUUCCUAAAUUGUUUUUCUGCUAGGCUGUCUUUCAGCAGUAGUUUUUAUCAGUAGCA